AUGAAUACAGAUACAGCAGCAAAUGAAUUUCCUAUUGGGGAUUCAAAUCCAGAUGCAAGUACGGAAAUGUCCGCCCUAGCUCUAGCUCAAGCUCAAGCUCUGGCUAGGAGAAAUAGAAAUGGAAAAGGGAAAGGGAAAUCUAAGAUUCCUAAGAGGGAUCGCUUGAAUCAAUAUAGGGAUUUAAGUGUGAUUCGUACAAAUCCGGUUACGAUUGUUCGGAAUGUUACGUCGGGGUUACGAGAGAGAGAUACUUUGAUGAUGAAUUUAUCUGAUUCGGACUCGGACUUGGUCGUCAAGGAGGAUGAAGCUAAAGUAGUGGAUAGUGAGCCAUUUGCAUCAUCUGAUCCUGAUCUUGAUCUUGAACUUGAACUUGAACUUGAACUUGAUCUUGAUCUUCCACUGUCCUUACAGCAUCAAAUACCCACAGGUGUAACCAACAUGAGUAGCCCUCUUUCGGGAGUAGGAAAAAGUCUACCUACAACCGCUCUAUCGACUUCGGAACCAAUGGCUAUCAAAAGCACUUUUACUCCAACAAUCAAUUCCCCUCAGCUAGCUUCUGAUCAGAUGGCUUCCCCGACUAUACCUGAUACCGUUCCAAAUUCUUACGAAUCGUACACGUCAUUCAUGUACACGCCUCCAGAUGGCACAUCAACAUCAUUGCCCCCUCAAUCUGAUCAAAAGACUAAUGAGUCCUCUCUAUCUGGUCCACUACCAAAGAUCUCGCAAUCGACUCCGCUUCUUCCUGCGCAUCGUCACUCUAUUCGUGACUCUCGAAAGUCAUCUGUUUCAACGCUUCCACCAGGAUUCUACGAGUACCACACUAUUAGUGGAACAGUGAUCAUCCCUCGUGCUUCUGAGCAUGGCGAAAAUGGCUCUGGCUCUAGCUCUGGCUAUGUUCCUGGCUUCGAACCCGGCACUAGUUCAUUACCUUCCUCGUCUCGAUCGUCUUUACGAGAGAAAUGUAAGAUGGCAUACGGUAUGAAGCCGAGCCUUUUAUGUGCCUAUAUCUUAUGUGGAUUUUGUCUUGCUUGGCUCAUGUGGAUGUCCUGGACUACGAUUUCUUCAAAAAGGACUGGUAAUCGUGGUGGUGCUGGCUCUAAUGGUAUUGGUGGACACGUUUUACCUUAUGGUGCCGGAGUUCCGGUAGUAAACCCUUUCAAGCAUGCUCGCGCAGUCAAGGAAGUAGUCCCGACUGCUGAAGCAAGUUCCCCCAACUUUGGCGUCAACACCUAUGUGGAUCCAAUUGACGAAAUCACCACCAGUCAAUUCGACAGGGCACUAAACCAACAGUGUGAUGAAGAGAGCAAGCGGGAGGAUAUGAAAAAAUUUCAAUAA